AUGGGGGCGUUUAAGAUGAAUCAGACAAUGACCUUUAAGGAGAAGGUACUGGGUGCUCCGGCUACGCGGCCGGCUGUUCGAGAUCUUAUUAAGGAGGGGGUGUUGACGUUGGAAUUUGAGGGUGGAGAUCGGUUGCUACCCAAAUUUAGCAUUACGGCGCCCACCCUUAAACAGUUGUGUAAACCAUGGGAACAGUGUCUAGUGAUCAAGCUGCUAGGGAGAGAGGUGAGGUUCUUAACCUUGCGGGACCGACUGUCUACUUUGUGGAAGGUUCAAGGAGGGUUCGAGCUGUUGGACGUGUCAAAUGGUUAUUUCAUGGUGAAGUUUGAUCUGGAAGCAGAUACGGAUCGGGUCAUGCAUGGGGGCCCGUGGAUGCUCUUCGACCACUAUCUGAUUGUGAGACCAUGGUCCCCGGAGUUCGUAGCGUCAGCAACAAAGGACGACAGUACUCUCGUCUGGAUCCGGUUUCCAGGUCUCGGAGUUAUGUUCUAUGAUGAGAGUGUUCUCUUAACUAUUGCCUCAGCCAUAGGGAAACCAGUCAAGGUGGAUCUUAAUACCCUGAACAUGACUCGGGGUAGGUUUGCACGGGUCUGUGUCGAGAUUAAUUUGGAGGAACCAGUCGUAGGAAUAUUUUUCCUCAAUGGUGUGGGGUAUAAUGUGGAAUAUGAGGGACUACAUUUGUUGUGCUCCUCGUGUGGAUGCUAUGGGCAUGUUCUACGGAAUUGCCCGCAUGCCAUUAGGUCUGAGUCAAUGGUAACUGGCAUGGGUGAGAAGGGAAAUUCGGAGCAGCCGCCAAGGGAUCCACUGCAUGGUGAAGGUUCUGCUGCUCCAACAGGUGAGCAAUCUGUUCCGUGUGUUAGAGGGGCACUCGCGCCUGAACCGCAUGGUGAUUGGUUGAUUGUGAAACGAAGGAAUUGGAAAUCGAAUCUCGGGAAACCGUUGAGCAAGGGCAGAUCUUCCUCUCAUAAUGGGAGUGAGGUAAUCACGGAGCAGCAUCAUAAUGUGCCAAUUUACUCGAAGAGGGGCGUCCACAAUUUGGCGGAAACACGUGCAGGUUUAAAAAGCGCACAUGCGGUGAGAGAGUCCCCACGUGAACAGGGCCAUGCAUUGGGCUCAUUAGUUCCUGAUGGGGGCCACGGGGUGCUUACGAAUUAG